AACGUCGUGCGCAUGAUCAGUCGUUUAAUAAGACGCCGGUUUGGAACUACAGCAGGGUGGGAGAUGCUGCCGGAGCUCAGGGGGAAGCGCAGCUAGAACACAAGUGAAAAACACAAGCCGAGUUGUUCUGCGGUGGGUCGUUUGACUGUGUCGCCGUCAGUGUGAGACAUAAACACGGACGAUGGUUCAGCAGACGGACCACGGCGGGGCGGGGAGUAACAGCGGCUCCCGCGAGGCCAGCGAUCCAGAGGAGAGCGAGCUGCUGGCGACCGCGGCGUGCGGCCCCGUGCCGGUGAAGCCGGACUGGUGUAAAACAGCGUCGGGUCAUAUCAAGCGGCCCAUGAACGCUUUCAUGGUGUGGUCCAAGAUCGAGAGGAGGAAGAUUAUGGAGCAGUCACCGGACAUGCACAACGCGGAGAUCUCCAAACGCCUCGGGAAGCGGUGGAAAAUGUUAAAAGAAACCGAAAAGAUCCCGUUUAUCCGGGAGGCGGAGCGGCUCCGGCUCAAGCACAUGGCCGACUACCCGGACUACAAGUACCGGCCCAAGAAGAAGCCUAAAACGGACGGCUGUGCGUUUUCUGCGGCGAAGUCAGCCGCUCAGUCCCCAGAGAAAACCGGCGUCAGACCCGGUAAUAAAAACCAGGCAAAGAAAUUUUCCAAGUUGAAGCCCAGUAAGUCCGGUGUCGGUGCGGGCCGGACAGGCAGCCACCUCCAGCAGCAUCAGCAGCCGGACCCCCGGUACCGGUACUUGUUGACCACCAGCUUCAAAACCAAACAGCUCGUUAAACGGGACUUUACUGACGACGAGGAGGAUGACGACGAGGACGACUCCGAGGAGGAACAGGAGUUUAAAGCGUACGAGGAGGACGAGCCAUCCCACUACAGCCCCACCAAGAUGCCGUCCAGCCUGAGUCUGGGGUCGGUCGACGCCGAACCGGAGGGAACCAGUAUGUACCAGUCCUCCGGUCGACUGUUCUACAGCUUCAAGAACAUCACCCGGCAGAGCACCAGCACCUCCUCAUACCCAGCCUCCCUCUCACCAGCAUCCUCGUCACGGUCCGGGUCCACCUCCUCCUGCUGCGGGGAGGACCUGGACGAUCUCCCCGCAGAGGGCAGCGACUUCACCCUGAGCCUCCAGGCCGGCUUCCAUGCCUCUUCCGAGCCAUGGAACUCGUCCUCUAGCUCGGGGAACCUGAGCCUGUCCCUGGUGGAUAAAGACCUGGACUCGUGCAGCAGCGAGGGCAGCCUCAGCUCGCACUUCGAGUUCCCGGAUUACUGCACGCCAGAGCUCAGCGAGAUGAUCACUGGGAACUGGCUGGAGGCUAACUUCUCGGACCUGGUGUUCACAUGCUGAUCCCACAGCGGGCUCAUCAGCACCACACCCGGUCGGGGAGGAGGUUUAUUGUCUUCCAUUGGCCCAUGUGCCCCGGAGCCGGUUCUGGAGCGGCAGAGCCAGUCAGGUACCCGGAAGAUGGGGCCGCAGCUGCCCGGGUGCGUGUAGUUUGGGGGUCCCGGACUGGACACACACUGCGGUACUUCUCCGUAAAAUGAAUGAACUGAAAUCACGUCAAGAGGGUUUUAGGGGUUUUGUUUUCUGUUGCUUGGGUCUCAACAAGGACCCGAGCUAUGCAUUCCCGCCCAGACCCAAAAAUGACUCUGAGUAACAUUGAUAUCAGGAUGCAAAGCUCUUUGUGUUCCUCCUUUAACUGUAGGACUUUUGAUGUGACUCUUCACGCAGUUUCUUUUAUACUUCCGGGUUUUCCAGCUACCUCCAGGUGUUACAAACACCCUGAAGUGUUGAGUUUAAAACCCCAGCUGGCCACAGGUACGGCAGGAGACGUUUUUGAUAUUUACAUAACCAAACAUACCUCAUCUUUUUUUAAAAAAUAUCAAAGUAAAAAUAUUUUCAGGCCUAUUUUUGUACAGUUAAAGGGAAUGUUGUUCAGGCACUUGUUCUUCACUCUGAUGGAUUGUGUUUACUGUGAGGGUUUGCAUCCUGGUCGGCCUGCUGUUGUUUUAAAUGGUGUCCACACAGGAAGUCAAACGGGACAGUUUGGGACGUGAUGGAUUGUAUAAGUUGUGUAAAAUAGUUCAAGUUCAGGGGGUUGUGUAAAUUGGUGUGGAUGAGAGAAACUGGAUUUUCUGUUUUUUAUAUCAUCAGUGGCACAUCUUUGUUUUUUGCUCUUUAUUUUUGUGCAAUAUAAAAGAAAAGAAAAUAAAGGACCCACCCUGAGUUUUUUGUUUGUUGUCGCAGAGGGUAAACUUGUCCAUCAUGAUGAAGUCUGCAUGUGACAUCUGAAUAAAUCAGCCGGAACU